AUGACUUUUAAUCUAGUACCAACUGGAGGACCUGUUGAUGAAAAUGAGGUCAUGGCCUGUUUCAGUAUGAAGUGGGGGAAGGGGAAGCUUGUUUUCACCAAGAUCAAUCUGUACACUGUUGUCACAGACUGGUACAAAGAUCAGCUAAAGAUUCUGUCAAACUGCACACAGUGUUCUGAGCUCCAUGUACUCCAGAGAAUAAUUGGCUGUAAACUGGAGAAAUUUCCUAAUGGAACGGUGAAGAGUCUGCCUGUCUUUGAUGAAUAUGGAUUUGAUGGAAAUGAUCUUUUGGCUUUUAAUUAUGACACUAUGCAGCGGAUUGAUAAAAGUCCAAAUGCAAAAGAAAUCAAAAAGGAUUGGGAUCGUCACUCAGAACGCAAACAGGACCUGAAACAAUACCUCAAGAUCUGCAUGGAUUGGAUCUCCAAAUUUAACAACACAAAUAAGAAUUCACCAGAUGUUGGUUUGUUUGCGAGGAAAGCUCCUGAUGAUCACAGUAAGCUGGUUCUGAUCUGUCUGGUCACUGGUUUCUACCCCAGAGAUAUUGAGAUGAACAUCAGAUUGAACAGAAUUAAUAUUGAGAGCCAAAUAUCAUCUGGAGUCAGACCCAAUGAUAAUGAAACCUUUCAGAUGAGAUCCAGUGUGAAGAUCGACAGAAACCACAGAGGAUCUUAUGACUGUCAUGUCAUUCACAGCAGUCUGACAGAACCAGUGACAGUAAACUGGGGUAAAUAUCAGCAUAAAUACACAUUGGUGUAG